UAUUGGUGUGUAUACACACACACACACAUGCAUAGCUCUGGAAUGAAGAACAAGAAUUCGAAUUGAACUCGAAUACGGUUUUAUACGGUUUAAAAAAACAAACUGUGAUUUCAGUUUAUAUUCGGGCAAACGGGUUGUGAUUCGGGUCAGUAGAUAUCAACGCAAGUCUUGUUCGGGUUAACCCACCAUCCUCCUGAUCAGUCCUCCCUUUGAUCUCAGUUCCAUUGGGGUGCAAAAUACGGAGAGAAUCGCUAACCCUAGGAACGCCAAAAGCUGUUGAACGAGGAUUGAUUAUUCUUGAUUUUGGGAGUGGUACUGGGGAGGGGAGGCAGGUCUUUUAAGCAGGCCUCCUUGAAAGAUAUGCUGCAAAGAGGAUUGAGAAUUCUUGAGUUUGAACAUGGAGCUAGGGAGACAGGUUUUUUCAGUAGACCUCCUAGAAAGAGACGCAGCAAAGGGGCGUGGGGUAAUUACAUGCAUGGCUGCUGGCAAUGAUGUCAUUGUGUUAGGGACCAGUAAAGGAUCGGUUAUUAGACAUGAUUUUGGAGUUGGAGAUUCUUAUGAUAUUGAUCUUUCUGUGGGCCGGCCUGGGGAACAAUCCAUCCACAGAGUUUUUGUUGAUCCAGGAGGGAGCCAUUGUAUCGCCACCGUUAUUGGCAAUGGAGGUGCUGAUACUUUCUAUACACAUGCAAAGUGGAGCAGGCCCCGUAUGUUAAACAAAUUGAAAGGUCUUGUUGUAAAUGCUGUUGCUUGGAAUAGGCAACAGAUAACAGAAGCUUCUACAAGGGAAGUGAUCCUUGGUACAGACAAUGGCCAGCUUCACGAAAUUGCAGUAGAUGAGAAGGAUAAAAAGGAGAAGUAUAUAAAAUUUUUAUUUGAAUUAAUCGAACUUCCUGAAGCUUUCACGGGUCUGCAGAUGGAAACAGCUAGCGUAAGCAACGGCACUAGAUACUAUGUGAUGGCUGUCACUCCUACACGACUAUAUUCAUUCACCGGAAUUGGGUCGCUGGAUACUGUUUUUGCUAGUUAUUUAGAUCGUGCGGUGCAUUUUAUGGAACUUCCAGGUGAAAUACCAAACAGUGAACUGCAUUUUUUUAUAAAGCAAAGAAGGGCUGUACACUUUGCCUGGCUUUCUGGAGCAGGGAUCUAUCAUGGUGGCUUGAAUUUUGGAGCACUCCAUAGUUCACCUGAUGGGGAUGAAAAUUUUGUGGAGAACAAGGCUCUUUUGAACUAUUCAAAAUUGUGUGAAGGUGCUGAAGCAGUUAAACCUAGUUCUCUGGCUGUGUCUGAGUUCCAUUUUCUCCUUCUUAUUGGGAAUAAGGUUAAGGUUGUGAAUAGAAUAAGCGAGCAAAUUAUAGAGGAACUUCAAUUUGAUCAAACACCAGAGCCAGCUUCAAAGGGCAUUAUUGGAUUAUGCAGUGAUGCCUCUGCAGGAUUGUUCUACACAUAUGACCAGAACUCUAUAUUUCAGGUGUCUGUGAAUGAUGAAGGCCGAGAUAUGUGGAAGGUGUACCUGGAUUUGGGGGAUUAUGCUGCAGCUUUGGUAAAUUGUCGUGAUCAAUUCCAGAGAGACCAAGUAUAUCUAGUGCAGGCUGAAGCUGCUUUUUCUGACAAGGAUUUCUUCAGAGCUGCAUCUUUUUAUGCAAAGAUUAAUUAUAUAUUAUCAUUUGAAGAGAUCACUUUGAAGUUUAUUAGUCUAAGCGAGCAGGAUGCUUUGAGAACCUUCUUAUUGCGGAAGCUUGAUAAUCUUGCAAAGGAUGAUAGGUGCCAAAUAACAAUGAUUUCCACUUGGGCAACUGAAUUGUACCUGGACAAGAUCAACCGACUACUUCUAGAAGAUGACACUGUGUCAGAGAAUCAUAGUUCAGAGUACCAUGCGAUCAUUAAAGAGUUUCGUGCCUUUCUUAGUGACUGCAAGGAUGUGUUGGAUGAGGCAACAACAAUGAAACUAUUAGAGAGCUAUGGUAGAGUUGAUGAAUUGGUAUAUUUUGCUAGCCUAAAGGAGCAAUAUGAGAUUGUUAUUCAUCAUUAUAUUCAGCAAGGAGAAGCAAAGAAAGCAUUAGAAGUGCUUCAGAAACCUGCUGUUCCUCUUGACCUUCAGUACAAGUUUGCACCGGACCUCAUUAUGCUUGAUGCGUAUGAAACUGUUGAAUCGUGGAUGACCACAAAAAACCUGAAUCCAAGGAAGCUGAUUCCAGCAAUGAUGCGUUAUUCGAGUGAACCCCAUGCGAAGAAUGAAACCCAUGAAGUAAUAAAAUAUUUGGAAUUUUGUGUUCACCGUUUGUUGAAUGAAGAUCCUGGUGUUCACAACUUGUUGCUCUCCUUGUACGCGAAGCAGGAGGAUGAUAGUGCUCUGCUGCGAUUCCUACAAUGUAAGUUUGGUAAAGGCCGACCAAAUGGCCCUGAAUUCUUCUAUGAUCCCAAAUAUGCCUUGCGCCUUUGCCUCAAGGAAAAGCGGAUGCGUGCCUGUGUUCAUAUAUACAGCAUGAUGUCUAUGCAUGAAGAAGCAGUUGCCCUUGCUCUACAGGUUGACCCUGAGCUCGCUAUGGCUGAAGCUGACAAGGUUGAAGAUGAUGAAGACUUGAGAAAAAAGCUUUGGUUAAUGGUUGCCAAGCAUGUUGUUGAACAGGAAAAGGGAACCAAACGGGAGAACAUCCGAAAGGCUAUAGCAUUUCUCAAGGAAACUGAUGGGCUCUUAAAGAUUGAGGAUAUUUUACCAUUCUUCCCAGACUUUGCCCUGAUUGAUGAUUUCAAAGAGGCAAUUUGCUCAUCGUUAGAGGAUUACAACAAGCAAAUUGAACAGCUGAAACAGGAGAUGAAUGAUGCAACGCAUGGUGCAGACAACAUUAGGAAUGAUAUCAAUGCACUUGCUCAAAGAUAUGCUAUCAUUAAACGUGACGAGGAUUGUGGGGUUUGUCGGCGGAAAAUCUUAACGACAGGAGGGGAAUAUCGGAUGGCUAGGAGUUAUACGUCAAUGGGAUCAAUGGCCCCUUUCUAUGUUUUUCCAUGUGAACAUGCCUUCCAUGCACCAUGCCUCAUUGCCCAUGUGACUAGGUGUACCAGCCAAUCUCAAGCGGAAUAUAUACUGGAUCUGCAGAAGCAACUUACUUUACUGGGUGGUGAACCAAAGAAGGAAGUCAAUGGUAGUUUAACUGAGGAGGAGGCAAUAACAAGCUUGACCACAGUGGAUAAGAUCCGAUCACAGUUAGAUGACGCCAUAGCGAGUGAAUGCCCUUUUUGCGGUGACUUGAUGAUCCGUGAGAUCUCCUUGCCUUUUAUCCUCCCAGAGGAAGCACAUCAGUUUACUUCAUGGGAAAUAAAGCCGCAAAACCUUGGAAGCCAGAAGACCCUUUCUUUAACACUAUGAUCGCACGUAAACUGCUUCUCAUCUCCCUUGUGCAUGUUUGUUCUAAAGGAUCUGUUUUGUUGCUAUUUUAACUUUCUUUUCUUUCCUUUCUUUCAGUAUUACUGGUCUUCCAUAAUUCCCUCUUCCUCCUACAUAAUGUUGUACACUUGGAAGGUUGGACGUUGCUGUGUGUGUGUAAUGAAAGAAAUCCAGAGAGUUGGCUUGUAACUAGUGAUUUUAGUCUUUACGGUUCAUUUUCUUACUGAAUUUUUUUUUUUUUUUUUUUCCUAAGAUAGGUCAGUUUGUAAAGGUUGAGCAUUUCUAGUUACUAGGUUAUUAUAAUCUAUAUUUUUUUCUUCAGUAUAUAUGAUCAGUCAUUUUUAUUUU